AUGGCCACAUCAAGACUUCCCCAGCGUUCCUCAGGCAAGCCCCCUUUUGCUAACUUGUGUUCUCUAUGGAGGAGAGGGAAAACAGAAGAAAAUUUACCAGCAUGGAAGAAACUUUAUCCACGCUUCCAACUUGAAGAGCUCCUGAAGGCCACCAACAACUUCGACCCUGCGCUCAAAGUUGGCGAAGAUUCCUGGGAUACUGUAUACGAAGGUUACAUUAAUGACAGCUAUAAAUAUCCGGUUCGCAUCAAACGGUUUAAGCCCCAUUUAGAUCACCAGAUAUUUUUAACAGAGAUGGACUUGCUAUCAAAUCUCCAUCACCCAAAUAUCGUCUCUCUGAUUGGUUACUGCCUUGAUGGAUCAGAUAGGAUAAUUGUGCUUAAGCAUAUGGCUCAGGGAACCCUCCAUGAUCAUCUCCACGGCAAAAUUUAUUACGAACCCCCAUUAUCAUGGAAAAGAAGGCUUGAAAUCUGCAUUGGAGUUGCUCGUGGACUAGAGAGACUGCAUACAGGUAACCCCUUAAUCAUCCACAGGGACAUCAAAAGCAGGAACAUUCUUCUAGACCAGAACUGGGUUGCAAAUAUUUCGAAUUUUCAGAUCUCGAAACUGGUGCCAUCAAGCUUGUUAGAAUCAGAUAGUCAUGUCAGCACUACCGUUGGGGGCACUUUGGGGUAUUUGGACCCUGAAUAUGCGUUUUCUGGCCAUCUCUCGGUUAAAUCCGAUGUUUAUAGUUUUGGAGUUGUUUUGUUUGAGGUGUUAUGCGGGAGAACACUUCUCGAUGUCCAUCGAAAUGAGGAAGAGAUAGAACUAAUUACAUGGGGCAGACGAGGCGUGGAAGAUGGUAAACUUGGCCAAAUAAUUGAUCCUCGCCUUAAGGGUGAGAUUGCACCGGAGUGUCUGAAAGCAUACGCUUAUUUAGCGUAUAACUGCACCAUCGAACGCGGAAAUGAAAGACCCGGAAUGUCUGCUGUCUUGAAGAGGCUUCAGCUUGUAUUGUUGUUACAGGAGUGUAUUGAAGCUGAUAUACCUUACUCACCGUCUUGGCUAACAUCUCUUGUACCACCACCCAAAAGCAGCGAGCCAUUGGUCGACAUGGACGCUUCGGAGUAUCUGCAUCUGAUUCCGAUUAUGACGAGCUCGCGAUUGAAAAGUAUUAUUGAUUGCCUAAAAUGGGUGAGAUUCAAGCAAUAG